AUGGCGGAGCACCAAAGUCAGGCCUCGUCUGUGAGGAAAUCUACAGGAUGCUCAGCCGAGUCCACAACUCAACCUGACAUCAAACUGGCCUGUGUGUAUCACCACGGGACAGUUGAUCUCUGUUCAGAGCCGUAUGACGGCUGUUUUCUCUGCUUUCAUCUACCUGUCAACGCUUUUUCUUCACUGGACUCAUGCGUGGUAGAGGAUAACAUGUCACACCCUCACCCAGGCUGUAACACUCUGGCCAGUGUGGACAAAACCACCAACGAAAUGAUUCAAUAUUCGUCAGAUUCCAUGUCCUUCACCAAUACCGCUGAUCUUUGCGACGACCUUCGCUUCAUCAUAGGCAUGCCAGAAAUGUGCGACGUCAAAUUUCUUGUUGGUCGCGAGAAAACGCCAGUCCACGCCGUCAAGGCUAUCCUAGCAACGAGAAGCAGAGAGUUCUACAAGAUGAUAUUAACCAAUCAAAGAACGGCUUCUUCCCGUGCACUUGAAACACCGAAAAAGCAAAACACCUUUUUGAACAAGCUGAAAAAAUUACGACGGAGAAGUGCUCCGCCCACUACCCAACCUGUAACAUCCGCUUCCGGUCACCUGAUUAUCGAUAUUGACGACUUCGACGCGGAGACGUUCCAACGUGUCAUGAACGCAGCUGAUUCCUAUGGACUGGAAGACCUUCGUUCGGCCUGCUUUGAGUUUGCCAGCAAACUAAUUGACAUCAAAUCCGUCCUACAGCUGCUGACGUCAUCGGAGAAAUACGUCAGCUUCCGAUGGACCAAAUACAUAAAAGCUGAGAUUUUGGAGUUCAUCGCUGAAAAAGCUCAAGACGUGCUGAAGCAUCCAGACUUCGAAAAUUUAUCGAAACAAUCAGCCGUUUCAAUUUUCUUAAGACCAGAGCUAAGAGCUACGGAGGAAACGAAAUGGGAUGCAGCUCUUCGUUGGAGCAGAAACUACUGUAAUAAACGCGAAAUGAAUUUGUUUCGAAGCACAAUCAAGAUCUUUACACCCAGGAUCAACUUUAACGACAUUCCUUUGGAUAAACUGACCAGAGAAAUUCGCCCACUAUCUAUUCUACCCUCAGCCCUCAUUGACCGAGCAAUUGCGCAUCAGGGCUCACCUCGAAUCGUGAUUGGUCAAGAGCGGACCCCAUUUACAGCCCCACAGAAGCCUCCAAGACGACGCACCAACGUCCGCAGAUCUCUGCCAUUGCACGUUGAACCCCGCAGUACGCAUGUGCAGAAGAGAAAAUCACCCACUUUCCCAUCAUCCGAAUCAUGCGACAGUGGAAUGGCAUCAUCACUGGAUGACUCUUCGUAG